UUUCUUAUAAUUAGGGUUUUAUUAGGCGGCAGACUCUUCUCCUUCAACCUCUGUAAACCGGAGUAAUCAUCUUCAAUCAGCAAUCAUGGGGAAGACACGUGGAAUGGGAGCCGGACGCAAGCUGAAGUCCCACCGCAGAAGACAAAGGUGGGCUGACAAGUCCUACAAGAAGUCCCAUCUUGGUAACGAAUGGAAGAAGCCAUUUGCUGGAUCUUCCCAUGCUAAAGGCAUUGUGCUUGAGAAGAUAGGUAUUGAGGCGAAACAGCCAAAUUCUGCUAUUCGUAAAUGUGCUAGGGUUCAACUCAUCAAGAAUGGGAAAAAGAUUGCUGCUUUUGUCCCUAACGAUGGUUGCUUGAACUACAUCGAAGAAAAUGAUGAAGUGUUGAUUGCUGGAUUUGGUCGUAAGGGUCAUGCCGUGGGAGAUAUUCCUGGAGUUCGGUUCAAGGUGGUGAAGGUUUCUGGUGUCUCUCUUCUAGCUCUCUUCAAGGAGAAGAAGGAGAAGCCAAGAUCUUAAUUUACCUCUUUUUUCGCGAAAAUACCCUCAAGCCUGCAAUGGACUUUUUAGCUUGUAUUCGAGUUAUUAUUUUGUCAACUACUAUUUAAUUAGACAUUGUACUGGAAUUUUGGUUCAUUAAUUUUGAGUUCGAAUGUUACCUUAA